GCACGAGCUAAACUGGCUCCCCAACAUUUAUUGAUUGAGGGCCACAAAAACUCUUCCCGCGGGCCGCCAUUGGCCCCCGGGCCGUACUUUGAGAUCCCCUGCUGUAGAUGUUCCUUCACCUGCUUCCACUUUCACCAUAUCAUCUGCAAACAUCAUGGUCUGUCUGUCAGUCUGUCCAUCUUCACAGCAAAUAAGGAGCUCAGCUGAUCCCACCUCCAUCUAGAAUCCCUCUGUCACCCCCACGGCACAUCUCACCACUGCCUCCAUCGUUCUUCUCUGCAGGCUUCUUCACACAAACCACAGCUGCUAUCCCUGUGUCCUGUCUCAGACUUUCUCUAGAUCCAAAAAGAAACGAUGCAGCUCCUUCUGACUUCCUCAGUUCUUCUCCAGGAGCCUCAUCAAACUCCGCCUCCCCAGAGCAACUGUAAGCAGAGGAGCAGUCCUGGUCUGAACCAGGAGGCGCCAACACCAGAACUCAGAGAGGUUAAAAAGGAAGAGGAGGAGCUCUGCAGCAGUCAGGAGGAUGAGCCGCUGAUCCACCAGCAGGCGGCAAACGCAGCGAUUUGUCGCGAGUCCAAAGACGAGUCUCAAGUCAGCGAGGAGGUGAAUCAUCUGCUCAGGCUACGGAAAGACAUCCAGAUCCCCAAAAUCCAUCUGCACAGAAUAGAUCUUCAACAAUAUUCUGUCCAAAGGGAGGAGGAGGCGGCACACUCUCCGCCCCCCCAGCAGAGCCGCUGCAGAGCGGACCAGAGCCCAUCAGAACCUCUGAGCUUCGCAGAAGGGCUUCUCAGCCUGCAGCUGGUUCUGAAGCAGGAACCUGAGGACAGCGAUGGGUACGAGCCGGAUCCGCACAGAGGUCACAUCCAGUCCGAUUCCCACGGUGAGGCUGCAGGGCAAAAGCCACAGUCAAGAGAACCGGAGGACGCGACGUCAGCUGGAAACUCGAAGCUGAGAAAGGAAAGGCGAGUCGUUGACAGCUGUCCUCCUCCAGAGGGUUCCUGCAGCUCUGAGGAAGACGAGAAGCUCUUGGCGUGUGACCUCUGUGACAAAACCUUCAAGUUUAAGUCCCUGAAGAAGAAACACGACAGAGUCCACAAAGGGGGGAAGAGACAUUUCUGCAAGACGUGCGGCAAAGGCUUCACACAGAGUGGGGACUCGCUGGCCCACAGCCGGACUCACGUCCGCAGGAGGAGGUGCCCCUUCAGGGAACAUCAGCGCUCCCUCCGGAGCGGCAGUGUGUGGGCCCGCAUCAGAAACCAUAACCUGUGGAGGAGGUUCUCCUGCAAGCAGUGUGGGAAGAACUUUGUUCAGAGCGGGACUUUGUUAGUUCACAGGAGGGUCCACACAGGCGAGAAGCCCUUCUCCUAAACCCUCCGGUUCUGGUCUCACUUCAGAACCAGAGCAGUGUGGAAGAAGCUCCAUAUUCUACCAGGAAUUUAAAAAGAAACCACUAACCUUGUAGCUUCAGUCUGAGGUUCACAUCACAUCCUGAGAUUACACUGAAACCUGCGGGAAGACUUGAGUGAGAUGAUGAUGAUGAUGAUGAUGAUGAAACUGUGUGAGGAAGGAUCUGCUUCUUGUAUUUUCAAGUGAAUAGAUUAUGCAGAGAAAAGACAUUCAGUUAUUUUAUUUUUAUUUUAAGCACCACUGUAAAGUGAAAAAGCUUUACCUUGUUUGAUAUGUUUCUUCCUGAUGUUUUUUAUAUUGCAUGUAUUUUAGGACAUACGACAUUGACUUAUUUAUUAAUGUAAAUGUUUGAACUUGUCCUAUUUGUUCACAGGUGCUUAACUAGGCAGGGGCUGAAGGUACAGUAGGAAGACGGCUGUAGGAACAGCUGUGAGCUGUUAGCUUGAUGCUCUGUUGUCCCUGUGAAGUGUUCCAAUAAAGAAAAGCUUCUGCUCGA